AUGUUUCUGUGUUUCCUACAGAUUUUCAACAGGUGGUUCUGGUUAAAUAAGAAGCUUCAGAAGAACAGAAGUGCUCGUGUCAACCACCAGCACCUAGAUUUUCUCCACAAAAAGGAGGAACAGGAGAAACUCUGGUCUAAUAUGGAGGGAGAGCAUCUCCAUUUGAAUAAGGAGACUGAUGCUGCCAGGUUUCAAUCCUUUAGCCGUAAAACACAUUUAAACAAACACACAAGAGUCCACACAAAACAGAAACAUUUUGCCUGUGAGCAAUGUGGAAAAAGAUUUAGCGGAAAGUCAUCUCUAAACAGACACAUGGGAGUCCACACAGGACAAAAGACUUUUCCGUGUGACCUCUGUGGAAAAAUAUUUAGCCACAAGUCAAAUUUAAGCAUUCACAUGAGAGUCCACACAGGACAGAAGCCUUUUGUUUGUGAGCUUUGUGGGGAAAGAUUUAGCCGAAAGACCCAUUUAAACAGUCACAUGAGAGUCCACACAGGACAGAAGCCUUUUGCUUGUGAACUGUGUGGACAAAGAUUUAGCGGAAAGUCAACUCUAAACAUUCACAGGAGAGUCCACACAGGAUGGAAGACUUUACCGUGUGACCUCUGUGGAAAAAGAUUUAGCCAAAAGUCAGCUUUAAACAGACACAUGGGAGUCCACACAGGACAGAAGCCUUUUCCGUGUGACCUCUGUGGAAAAAGAUUUAGCGAAAAGUCAAUUUUAAACAGACACAUGGGAGUCCACACAGGACUGAAGCCUUUCGCCUGUGAGCUCUGUGGAAAGAGAUUUGGCCUAAAGGCCUCUUUAAAUAGUCACAUGAGUGUCCAUGCAGGGCAGAAGCCUUUUGUUUGUGAGCUUUGUGAAAAGAGAUUUAGCCGAAUGUCAGCUUUAAACAGACACAUGAGAAUCCACACAGGACAGAAGCCUUUUGCUUGUGAGCGCUGUGAAAAAAGAUUUAGCCGAAUGUCAACUUUAAAAAGUCACACGAGAGUCCACACAGGACAGAAACCAUUUGCUUGUGAGCGCUGUGCAAAGAGAUUUAGCAUAAAGUCAGCUUUAAAUAAUCACAUGAGUGUCCACACAGGACAGAAGCCUUUUGCUUGUGAGCUCUGUGAAAAGAGAUUUAGCCGUAUGUCAACUUUAAAAAGACACAUGAUAGUCCACACAGGACAGAAGCCUUUUGCUUGUGAGCUCUGUGGAAAGGGAUUUAGCCAAAAGUCAGCUUUAAAUAAUCACAUGAGUGUCCAUACAGGACCGAAGCCUUUUGCUUGUGAGCUCUGUGAAAAGAGAUUUAGCCGAAUGUCAACUUUAAUAAGUCACAUGAGAUUCCACAAAGGACAGAAGCCUUUUUCUUGUGAGCUCUGUGAAAAGAGAUUUAGCCAAAUGUCAACUUUAAAUAAUCACAUGAGUGUCCACACAGGACAGAAGCCUUUUCCAUGUGACCUCUGUGGAAAAAGAUUUAGCCUAAAGUCAACUUUAAAUCGUCACAUGAGUAUCCACACAGGACAAAAGCCUUUUGCUUGUGAGCUCUGUGAAAAGAGAUUUAGCCAAAAGUCAACUUUAAAUAAUCACAUGAGUAUCCACACAGGACAGAAGCCUUUUGCUUGUGAGCUCUGUGAAAAGAAAUUUAGCCGAAAGACCCAUUUAAACAGUCACAUGAGAGUCCACACAGGACAGAAGCCUUUUGCUUGUGAGCUCUGUGAAAAGAGAUAUAUCGAAAAGUCAAAUUUAAACAGACACAUGAGAGUCCACACAGGUCAGAAACCUUUUCCGUGUGACCUCUGUGGAAAAAGUUUUAGCCAUCAGACAACUUUAAACAAACACACAAAAGUUCACACAGUACAAUAGCCCUUUCCUUUUGAGCUCUGUGGAAUAAGAUGUAGUUAAAAGAUACAUUUAAACGGUCACAUGAGAGUCCACACAGGACAGAACCCUUUCACCUGUGAACUCUGUAGAUGAAGAUUUAGCUGAAAGAAAACUUUAAAUAAUCAUCUAAGCAUCCACUUGGGCUGAACGAUCUAUUGCAGGGGUCUCCAACAUUCUUUGGCCUGUGAGCUACUUAUACACAAUGAAAGUACAGCAGUUACUGCCAUAUGAUUUUUUUACAUUGAUACUUUCCAUGUGUGAAUGUGCUUAUGUUAAACAUGCUAUACUUACUAUAUUAACAUGCUUUGUAUUCACAAGUUGAUUUCUCUGUAUUUCAGUACAUCAGUAUAUUUUUUUUUCAAGUAUAAGUAAGUUAGUGAUAUUCUGAAAACCAAAUAGAACAAAACAUAUUUAGUUUUUUAAACUAAUCGGAUACUUUCAGAUAACGAAUAACAAAUCUACUUCAUGUGAAUUAUUUGGUAAUUUUUUCUAGAAGGUUUGUAUAAUAACUUUUUGAGCACACAGGAACAGCUAACCUGUAAAGCUGAUGAUAUUUUAACUAAAAUACAAGCUAAAUGUGAUGAAAACACAAAAUUGUCAAUAGUUUGAAUUGAAGUAAAAAAAGUAAAAUCAGAAAUAAGGUUUGUUCCUGCUCUCCUGAUUUAUUGAAUAAUUUUUAUGGGGUAUUUUUUUUGGUCAUGAAAGUUAAGUUUUGCUGCGUUUAUUGCUGACAAUAUUAAGGUUGGAGGUUUAUCCUUUUUUUCUGCAUCUUGUAGGUUUUUUUCUCGGCAGGUCUGAAGGCUGUGCGUUACACAGAGCAGAGACACAGAGAGCAAGAGACCAGAACCAAAAGAAAUGAUCACGUCACACCAGUCAUAAAAUAUUUACAUUGGCUUCCAGUAACUUACAGGAUUGAUUUCAAAGACCUUUUACUUACUUUUAAAUCAUUAAAUGGCCAACAACCUCUGUAUAUAGCAGAGAUGUUUGAAACGUAGCGCCCUUCAAAAUCACUUAGGUCAGCAGAUAAAUCCCAACUGGUACAACCCAGAGCCCGCACCAAGCACGGAGAGGCUGCCUUUAGCUGCUAUGUGGUCUGUCUCUGGAACUGUCUUCCAAUAGACAUUAAGACCUCCAUUACCAUUUUUAAACCUAUAUUAAAUACUAAACUUUUUCUUGAUGCCUUCCAUUAACCUAUCCUUGCAUCUGUGCUCUACUAGGUCUUUAUCUGUACUGUGUUAAAUUUAUUCUAUAUGUAUUUUAUGUGUAUACCUAUUCUGUGCUGUUUUAUCUUUGUUCUAUAUUUUAAAGUAAAUAAAUUGGUAACGCUUCCUUUUACAGUCCUUAAUUACUAAGUACUACAUGGUAAUUACAUAGUAAGUUAAAGUGUAUUAUUGUGUAAUUAAAGUGGAUAAUUGUAAUCAAGUGUAGUUAUUGUGUAAAGCAGUAUAUAUUGGGAAUGAUUUAAAAAAUCAAAACUAGAAUUGAACCUGAGUUACAUGGUAAUAACAGUUGAAGAACGCAGAAACAAUAAUAAACUUUAUGUAAUUACCAUUUAAGUACUAAGUAAUUAGAGGACUGUAAAAGAAAGCACUACCAAUAAUUUUACUUGAUAUACUUUUAUUUUUGUGUACUAUGUUCUGUGUCAAUAUUCUUUGAUUUUAUUUUACACAACAUGAUGUGACAUUUUAACUAUUUCAUUUCAUUUGUGGUUGUUUUAACUACGUGAAGCACAUUGGGCUACUGUUUUGUGUAUGAAAUGGGCUAUAUAAUAAACUUGACUUGAGAGAGGG